AUGCUGCUUAUGCCGCUGGUCGCCGUCUGCCUGAAAACGGAGCUCCUCCUUGCUGCUCUGGCGUCACCUACCGCGUUUGCUGGCGCUCCAAAGAUCGCUAACUUUGUGGCUGGCGCCGUCGGUCGUAUGGCUCGCGUCGAUCUGGCUCGCGGCGCUUGGAAUGAGUUGCUGCCCACACUGGUCGAAGGCCUGGCCAACCCGCAGCAUCAGCUGGUCUCGUCGCGCAAAGCAGGCGGCGCCACUCGCCGGUGGGCGCCUGUUCCCGAGGGUGAGUCGGAGGCCUCGGCCACCCGCCAGCUGCUUGGCCAGCUGGCGAGCGAGCUGCUCCCCAUGCUGACGUCGGUGUGGCGAUCGGGUGCCGAGGAGGUGGCUGUCGGUCUGGAGCAGAUUGCUCGCGGCGGGGCAAGUGCCGACGCCGUGGCGGGCGUCGAGGACGCGCUCGUGGUCCUGCUGUAUGCUAACCGCGUGCUGACCAAGCUGGUGGUCCACGGCGUGACCUCGUUCUCCGACUCCUCACCGACGGUGACCUGGCUCGGCACCCUCCUCGAGACACUGCCAUCGCUCCUCGGCCCUGCCGGCAACGCCUCUGAGGCUGCUGAGCUCGGCCGGUCGGCCCAGGCCACGGUACUGGAGAUUCUUGCCGUCCCAAGCGAGGUCCUCGUUGCCCACCCUCUCUCGUUUGCCGGUAUCCUCCAGCCAUUCCUUCACUACUACCAUGACUCGCUGCAAGACGCUCUGGCCUCGCUCACCUUUUUCGAGGACGACGUCUCGAGCCUCUCGCACUUUAUGCAGUCGUACCUCAUUCUCAUGCUGCAGUUUGAGACGGGCGUGCUCGACUACGUGGCGCUGCUGCCGCCGCCGGGCGAGGCUGCCGGCGACGGGAGCACCAUCUCGGCAUCAACAGCUCUGUGGCGGGCCUCACCGUCGGUCUUCAGCUCAGCCAUGCUCCGGAGUCUGGUCCGGAGCCAGCCGCAGGCCGGCGUAGCGCUGCGUGCCGCCGGCGAGACCAUCGAGGCUUUUCUCUGCUCGUCCGGCGCGAGGAGCGAGGACGACACGUCGCCACGUCUGCUCGAGCUGCUCGAGCUGGUCUCGUCGCGGCUUCUCCCGCUCUGUGCCAACGACCUCGCGCUGUGGGGCGACGAUCCUGAAGGCUACGUUCUCCGCGGCGACGCGCUCAACGCCGAGGUCGACGUCCGCCCGGCGGCCGAUGCGCUGGUGGUGGCCUGGGUUAAGACUUGCUUCGACCUUGUCUCGCCAGCACUGCUCUCAAUGCUCUCGCAGGCCGCGAAUGCGAGUCUCGACAGCCUUGACGAGGUGCUGAUGAAGGAUGUGGCCUACCGCUGCGCCGGCAUCUCGUCAUGGGAGCUCGCCGACGCCGUCCCGUUUGCCUCGUGGUUCACCGACGGGCUGGUGGGCGAGGCGCGGACGAGCUCGUCGUACGCGCCCAUCAUCACCGCCCGUAUCCUUGGGCUCAUCGAGCACUGGCUGCCGUCGUUCAAGGAGCCGAGAGCGCGGAGCGCGGCCUACGAGCUCGUUGUUGACGUCCUGACCGGCUCGGAGGACAUGGUGUGCAAGCUGGCGGCGAGCGCCGCGCUCUGGCACCUCAUCAACGACUGGGACUUUGAGGCCGAGGGCUUUGCCGGCUACGCCGCGCUCGCGCUCGAGGGCCUCCUCAAGGUGGUGGCCGAAUCGGGCGAGGCCGAGAACAAGCUCCUCUGCAUUCGCACCAUCUCGCUCAUUCUCGACCGGAUGGGUGGCAAGGUCCGCGGCCUGGCGUCGUCGCUGGCGUCGACGCUGCCGGAGCUGUGGAACGUGUGUGACGAGUACGUCAAUCUCAAGCCGGCCAUCGUCAACACGACCAUCAAGGUGGUGGCGGCGCUCGGCGUCGAGGCUGCGUUUAUCGACGACUUUGUCCUCCCGCUCAUCGAGUACUGCACCGAGCCGGCGCCGCACGGGGUGUAUCUCAUGGACGAAGGCCUAACGUUGUGGGAGGAGACACUCAAGGUUGCGCGCGAGCCCAUGUCGGCUGCGCUGCUGGGGCUCCUCCCACGCGCACUGGCGCUCUCGCACUCGGGCCUCGGCGAGCUCGUCUCGUGCUGCAAGAUCCUCGAGUCGUACGCGGUCCUCGGCGGGCCGGCCUUCCUGGAGGCUCGCGGGUCCGAGGUGGCAGACGCGCUGAUGCGGCUGAUGGGCUACGGACGCGGCGACGACGGCAUGGCCACCGUCCUCCCGAGCGUCAUCACGCUGCUCCAGGUCUGGCCGUCGGGCGGGCCGGCGCUCUUUGGCGAGGUGGUGACCAAGGCUGUGGGCGACUUGCUCAACGGCAAAGUUCCCUCGGUGCUCUGCGCCAAGUACCUCGUCCUCAUCGCCCGGGUCUGCCUUGUUGCGCCGUCGUUUUUCUCGGGCCUCUUUGCCGACUCGGGCGGCGAGGCCGCCAUGGGCGCGUUUCUGGACGUGUGGCUGGCGCGGUGGGAGGAGGUGACCGAGCCGUCGGAGCGCAAGGCGACGUGCAUGGCACUGGCCUCGCUGAUGGCCGUCCCAUCACUUGUCGCGCCGCGCUUUGGUGCUCUUGUGGCUGUAAUUGUCACAGUACUCUACGAGUCUGAGCCCGGCACGCCGUCGCCGAUUCUGGCGCAACUGCAGGCGUCCGCCGGAGCUGGGGCCGCCGCCGCUGGCGGCGCCUGCGCGCCGCGCAACGGCCGCGGCCGCGGCUUUGACGCCAUGUUUGCAGCCUCCGAGUCGCUCCUCGACGCCGCCGCCGACGAGGAGAGCAACGGUCGUGCCGCCGCGCUCCGCGACUCGAUCCUCAGCCUCUCGACCCAGCACCCGACAGCGGGCGGGCGCGAGGCCGAGCCCGAGGCGCAGCGCCGGGCGGCACUGUGGGCGGCCGAUGCUGUCGUUGCCACGCCGCUCCGCGAGUAUGUGGCGGAGCAGCUCGGCGUGCUCCAGAACCAGGUCGGCAGCGACGGCUUUGAAUCGCUGCUGAGCCAGACCUCGCCGUUUGUCCGCGACCAGUUUGUGCGGUACUGGGAGGCGGCAGGCUGAGGCUGAGACUGAGGCUCAGACCGCGGAUAGCGAGCGGUGCGAGUCCUCGGUGCGAGCCGGUUCGGGCGAGGCCGAGUUUGUGCCCGCACGCAGCGCAGCGUCGAGCGUGUCCUCGGCGGCCGAGCGUGUCUUGCCGACAAAGAACCGCAGCGCCGAGUAGUACGACGGCCGGAGGAGUGCAGGCCGCGAGAGGAGGGCCUGGACGAGGACGGCCGAGGCUGCGGCAAAGACGAGGAUGUUGCCGCGGCGGAGGCGCGGAAGGAGGCGGGCAGCGGCGCCGAUGCGGUACCACGAGCCGAGCGCGUACUGCAGCAUGUAGAGGCCGAGCUCGAGGCGGCGCGACUUGCGCUCCAGAAAGAUGGCAAAGCCGCCG